CCUACAUUUUCAAUGAACUUGAGUUACUGCGGCGUGGUGAGGCUAAGUCAAGACCCAGAGUAUCGUUUUCCGAUGGCAAAAGUCUGAAUUAAUUGCAACAGUGGCGAAACUUACUAAGAAUUGUUAUUACCCACGAAUAUAGUUAUUUUGGGGAUUUUCCGUAAAUUUUGUUGGAAGCAGCUUAAUCCUUCAAAAUGCCUCAGUACUUGUUUACAAAUAGAUUGAUGGAAAAGGCAUUGAGAAGAGCCUUUCUUGAUGGAGUCAUGGAGAUAUAUGAAACAGUCAAUCAACCAAGAGUUUACAGUAUUACUUUGGAAGGAACUUUGAGUCUUUUGAUCAACAAAUCAGAAAAGUAUUACAUCAAAAUACAGGAAACAGCAGAAAGAGCACAACAAUCUGAUCCAACAUUAAUGCCAAAACUUCCAAACUUAACAUCCCAGAAAAUUAUUGGAUCUAUUGGAUCAACAAGUACAAUAACAGCUCCUGAAAAAAGUGAAUCAUCUAGUACCCCGCCUAAUGAUUCUUUAUGUCACAUGCUGAAGUCAACGUUUGGCAAUAAUCCAAAGGUGGUUGUUAACAUCAAAACCGAACCAGAGAACCCAAGCAAUACAACAUUUGCCUCAACCAAAGCUACCUCUCCCACCACAAUUCAUACAACCAAAACACCAAUCAUGAGUUUUUCACCCAAAAUAUUACCCAGAAUUCUGCCUAAACCCAACGUAUCUACAUCAGCAUCUGGUUCUUUUUGUACGACAACCGUCACAAUUGUGCAUCCUAAAACUCCUGUACUUAGACCUCUGUGCCCCAAAAAAUCUGAUGAAGUUUUAUCUGCAGCUGAUUUUUCACUAACAAAAGUAAAAAAAGAACCAUUAGAUGGUGAUACUUCUAGUCCAAACAAGUCAUUUGAUACUAACAUCAAAAUCAAAAGUGAGCCGACAGAGAAUGACGAUAAAGAUAAAACUGUAGAAGAUGUUAUGGUUGUUCAACCAGAAUGGAUAGAAGAAAUAUCUAAUCAUGAUUUAGCUGGAGGAACAAAGAGAGAAAGGGAAAAUGAUGAUGAAGAUGAAGAAGAUGACGACAGUUCUGCUGUCGAUUCAGUCAGAAAAAGAAUUAAAGCUACUCUGAAAAACCCAAUAAUGGCCAUCAAUUUAACAGCUCAGAUGAAACCAAAAGAAUCGUUCUAUUUUCACAAAAAUAUAGUUGAGUGUCCACUGUGUAAAGAACCAAUAUCUAAUCAAACAUUUCUACAACUACAUCUUGACAGGCAUAGGAAAGAUUAUAUUGAGGAAUGUCUAGUAUGUAAAGAAGGGGGACAACCCCUAGAUGUACUUCUGUUCCAUUUAACCAACUUCCAUACACCAGGAGCCUUAAAGGAGACUGAUAUUUCUAAAGCCAAACGACCACAGUUAGUCCUAGCUACUACAAGUGGAGGUGAUACACGUAUGAAAAUAGACCCCUCUAAAAUGGUACAGUUUAUGUUAGAUCGUGAACAUGCCAAGAACUCAACACAUAGCACAGCUGAAAAGAAGGAAAAAGAAAAAGAAAAGGAAAAAGAAAAACAUAAAGUAAUGGAGGAGAAGGAAAAACAAAAAGAUAAAGAACCGGAAAAAGAAAAGGAAAAUGAGGAGGAUAGCGAGGGUGAAUUUCAAAUUGAAUAUGUUUGUGAUGAAUGUGGAGAUAGCUUUAAUUCUAGUAAAGAGUUAAAUAUACAUAGUAAAACAGCCCAUGGGGAUAACAGCGGAAAUUACCAAUGUUCCUCAUGUAGUUUGAAUUUUGACAAUUUAUAUUACUUCCAAGAUCACAUGUUGGAACAUCAUAAAGAGGAUGAGAAAUGUAAGUGCCAGAUGUGUGGAAAUGAAUUUGUUAAGUGGAAAGAUCUUAAAGAUCAUUUAAUGACAGCCCAUAGAAAAUAUUUUACAUGUCAACAAUGUAAGAUUUCAUUUAGUGAUCAACAAAGUUUAAAGGAACAUAUAGCUUUACAUGGACACGAAAAACCAGAUUCUUACGAAUGUGACAUGUGUGAUAAGAUAUUUACAUCUUCUAAAACAUACAAUGCUCAUAGACGCUCUCAUAUCGAUGUUAAACCGUACGUUUGCCAUAUUUGUCAGUCUGCAUUUUUUAAAAGAGGAGAUAUGGCUAAACAUAUGCGUACCAUCCAUGAACCAACUAAACUUUAUAUGUGUAAAAUCUGUGGUAGAACGGGUACUAGAGCUGACAAUAUGAGAGUUCAUGUACGUACUCAUAAAAAAGAAAUCAGUCGAGAGCAAGUGGAUUCACUAUUACAAAAAGUUGAUCAAUGAACAUAAGCAAUCUCACAUUUAUCCACACUGUGCAUUUAUUAUGAGAAAGUUACAGUGUAUAUUGUUUUAUAGUUUGAUCCUGCACAAAUAUGUAACUGAAGGGUAAAGUUUAUCAAUAUAAUUAUUAUAUUGUUAUUUCAUUGUUUUGUGGACACUUGUAAUUACCUUUUGGAGUGUUUUCAAAUCAGUUAAGUUAUAUGUUUUGUAAAGUAAGAUAGUUUCACUGGAGCCGUUUGACAGGCUUUAUUAAGUUUUUACACUUCAGAAUUUUUCAGAGGGGCUAGUAGAUAUCAAGAUAAGGGUUAAUAAAUAGAAUUUUUAUAUGUGGGGAUGAUAAACCACAUUUGAGUAUAUCUUAAGAUAUCCUUAUCGAAAUAAAUACAUAAUACCGUAUUUGUUGAAUUAUAGAAGGGAUUUGUCAGGACCAACAUUUCUCAGCAUAUAUACUAGUUCAUAGAGUUUACCAAGGUCCACAUAACAAGACUUAUGUUUUUGUUUCUUGACAAAUUAGGAGCCACGGUGGCUAGGUGGUUAAGACGCUGGCUCACUAGCCUGGAGGUAGGGUAUUCGAUCCCUGCAUUGGCCGAGAAAGUUCAUCUGGAUUUUCCGACGUGGUUUCCCCUUGUCAGUGGUGCAGAACGGAGGGCCUGACAAGGACAGCUGUCUAGUCCUUCGGAUGAAACGAAAACCGAGGUCCCGUGUAUACAUUGGAAUGCACGUAAAAUUCGAUAUAAGAGUAGGCGAUAGUGCCGCUGCCCGGGCAAAAUAUCCCUCAUAGCACCCUGUAUGUCGAUGCCCAUCUUCAUUAGCCCAGUAUAGGAGCAGAACAGUAGGACGUUAAACCCCAUUUCAUUUCAUUUCUUGACAAAUUAGAAGUAUUUGUAUGUUUAAUGAAAUUGAUAUGUUUGUGUUUGCCAACAUAAGUAUUUAAUUGACAGAAAUCAAAAUGAACACACAUGUUUAAAAAAGUAAUGGAGCUGCAUAAGUCUUUACAAUUAACUUGGGUAUUACAUUUCUAUAUUGAUAUUAGAAGUUAUGAGUUAUCAAAAUUUCUUUAGCCUGAAAAAUUAGGGAGUAGAGAGGUUGUAAUUAAAGAUUGUGGUGAUUGUAUCAGUAACGGGAUGUGAUUUCUUUAUGUAGUCUUAUGACAUUAUAAAUGUUCACCAUGUCCACAUUUCUUUGUUCUAAGGGUUCAUGUGGUCAUUGGAUUUUAUGAAAUACAUACAUGUAUGCAUUGUAUAUAUAGUGACACAAAGACUUUAAAAGUUAGGUUAUUGUAGGCAUGUGCCUAUAAGUUCAGACUAUCUGUAGGACAAUGAUCCUGAUACAUGUAUUUUAUAAACUAUUAUGUAUCAUUCACCGUUUUGUCAUUAUGGUGCAGAUGAAGAAAUCUGCUGGUGGAUGUAUGUUUAAUUGCCUGGCAUUCCCCUUGUUGAUAAAUUUUAUUAUGUUAUUUAUUUAUUAUCUAUGUCUCUAGAGUAAAAUAUUUGAAAACAAGAUGUGGUUAUAUUGAAAUUUCCAGUUUCCUCCCACUUCUAAAGACCCCUACACGCAAGUGAAUUAUUGAAAUAAAAUUGAACCAUGUGUUAGUCCCGAAAUGAUCUAGUUUGUGUCAAGUGGACCUUAAACCCCAAUCUCUCUCUCUCUCUCUCUCUCUCUACAUUUGAAAUUACAAAUACUUGUAGUUUGAUUAUUUGAGUGUUGUUCAAUGAAAUUUGACUCUGUAGACCUGUAGAACUUUUUAUUUCCGGUUAACCACGUAAACAUUUGUUGGUUUUAUAGUUCUUCAAUGUGCAUAAUAUGUACAUGUAUGUAUUUAAAAUCCAAUAAGGCUGUUAUUUAUUAGGAUUUAUUUCGUAAUUAUAUAAAUUUUAUGGCAUUUUACAGCUUAUAAGUCCAUUAUUGAUAUUUUGUCUGUUUACAUUUUAUAUCAGUACAGUACAUUUUUAAAACUUUUUUGGUGUUUAUUGAUAACAAUUGUAGUAUAAAUGUUAUACCUUUAAAAUUCAUAUGAUAUGAAGUCUACUAAUCUACUGUGUAUAUUAUAUAGUAAAAUAAUAUGAAUUUUAUACAUGUACAUUGCAUAAAUGUACUAUAUGAAAAGGAAUGAAAGCAUCAUUUUUUAUGUUUCUAUUCUUAAAAUAAAUUAAGAGAUAAAAAUCAUAACAGUUAUAGAUCUAUGUGACAUUAUUAUGAAAUACUUUGUAUGUAGAAAAAUAAAUAGAUUUAAAUUACAGAUGUGACAUCAUCCUUUGAUGUUCACAAUGUGCCAAGCGUACAUUAUUUAUACUAGUUGAAAUAUUGGAUAGUGUCUGUAUUUUAAGUUGUUUAAUGGUCUUGUGCGACAUAGCGUGAUAUAUGGAUAUAGCACUCGUGCAAUAUCAGUAUGUUACUUAAUGUCUCGCACUCGACCAUUAAACUACAAAUAACCAGUCUAUGAACUUUUAAUACAGCGUAAAUUUACAAUUUGUAAAUAAAAGUCUAUAAACUAUU